AUGCCAAGUAGCCUUCCCCAAUUUCUUCCAUCGAACAAACUAGCUCCUGCGGAUUACUUUGAACCAGAACUCCCAUACAAGUUGUCCCCUGGUAGUAAAGUGAGACCAGGCGAAGAGACCGAAAAGGUUUUCAAGCAAGCACUAAGGGACAGAGAUGUUCAAUAUGUUUUCUUCGUCAACCAAAUUAUCACAGAAAAGAGUGAGCGUAUGCUGGACAAUCUCAAUACAAGUAACUAUGAUGCCUCUACCUGGGUGAAAACACGGUACCAAAAAGGUCAGGAAGGGCAACUUGCCCCAGGGCGAAUUAUUGGACCCCGGUUUCGAACGCAGAUCGCGUCGAGCAAGACUCUUGGACUGUUUGUAGCCUUACUGCCCCAUGUACUAACAUGUAUCAUUGAGAUUCGAGGACCACGAAUUGAGAUUUUUCGAAAAUCAACGAUGCUUGCCACUGACGAACAAUACACAAGAACGCUCCAGAAUACUGUAAACACUAGCAGGGUUCGUCGAAAACUGUUUCGAUCAAAUAAUGGGCAGCGUGAUGUUAGCAGUCUAAAGUAG